UGUAGGUCGUUCGGACUGACAGCCCUCCAAAGGACUCAUCCAAUCAAAAUGUCACUUUAAUAUAUGGGAGCGCUUUUUACGGUCUCGUCUUGCCAACAAACACUCUAGGGUCUUCCCGCGAGACCAGCUGAUAGGAACAGCGGUAAUCAAGCUGGUACAAAAGUUUUGCAACAUCUUUUUCAGCUAUUCAUCUUUUUACUGGGAUUGGAUAUGUGGUUCAGUGGUACUCAGCCUAAAACUCAAAUUGAGGAGGCCAAUCGUCAUCUCAGUGCUUUGACAACUCGCAUAAAAGAAUUAGAAGAACAACUGGAAAUUAAGGAACAAGAACUGAAUAGAAAAGAGGAGGACUUCAACACAGUUAUGCAGGAGGUGCAUGUUAAGCGUGAAGCUGAAAUCAAUAGUUUAAACGAAUUAAUCUUCAAGCAAAAUGUCAAACUUCAACGUUUAGAACGUGAUUUACUCAACCGUGAUUCAGAGUUAAGCGUUUUGCGUAAACGUUGUCGUAUGUUUGAUGAAGUACUUCGGUAUAAGUCCACACUAGCCAAACUGACUAUUACAAUGGAACAAGCUGAACAAUAUGCAAACCUGACAGCUAAAAGUUACCCUGUUAAUAAUAAUACUAAUAGUGUAAAAGAGUCUUUCGAUGUCAUCAAUACGGAUCCGGCACCUCUUAUGAUACGUGAUGUUGAUAUAAACGCGAAUGGUAAUCAUUCAACAGAAAAUAAUAAUUUGAUCGAACAAGUUGGCAAAACAUUUGUUCAGUCGGACGGUCAACGAACAAAAACAUUAGCUCAUAUUGUUAGUAAUGGUCAGAUGUGAUAAUUUUUUUUUAUAUGUGUGAACGUGUAUACUUUCAUGUUAUACACAUUCUGUUCACAUCCCUAGCUAACUGGCUGUGAAAUACAUUUAUUUGCAAACAAAGGUGUAUGCUGAUUAUUUCAGUUUUAUUUUUAAAAUUUUUGGCAUUUUUUAUAAGGCGAACUACAACGGGUGAUUUUUCUUUUAAAUGUAUUUUAUUGCUUAUAAUAUGCAUGGUGUACUUCCUGUAUUGUAAUUUUCACAUAAUCACUCCUGUUCACUAUGUAAUUCAAAAAGUAUUUGAUUUGUAUGCAAACUGUGUUUACAGUUAGCUUGGCUGGUUAACGUUUUUACUGGCGUGAUAAUGGUAAUCUGAGUUGAUUGUGAUGUAAACUCUUGUAUAUUAUGAAGCUGCUAAUGAAAUUGGAGUAUUUACCUUAUAUAAUUGUUUUCGUUCAAUCUAUAUGCUUUAACUACUAAUGCUCUAUAUCUUUUUAUAUGAGGAGAUUAGAACAGUGAGUGCAACAGAAUCACCUAGUGAUGUAGAAGG